AGACUUAAUUGUUCUUCUUAAUCUUUUUCAAUUCUUUAAAUAAAAAAUUACUAAAAUGCCCUUAAUCUAUUCUUCUUUCCAUCGUUUUCCUCUGUGCUCUCUUUGUUCUCCUUCCCACCACCACCGUUUUCAGCCAUUUUUCCUUUGGUUGUCAUUGUUUCUCUUCUCCCCUCCCCUCAUCCCCUUCUUGGUUAUGACUGGGUUCGUGAGGAACCUAGAGAUGAUCUGGGUUCAUUGCGAACCCAGUUCUGGGUUCACGUCGAACCCAGAGCAGACCUGGGUUCGCGUCGAGCCCAGAGCAGACCUGGGUUCGCGUCGAGCCCAGAGCAGACCUGGGUUCGCGUCGAGCCCAGAGCAGACCUGGGUUCGCGUCGAGCCCAAAGUAGACCUAGGUUCGCGACAAACCCAGAGCAAAUCUGGGUUCCUCAUGAACCUAGUCAUGGCCAAGCUGAUGAGGGGGAAGGCGAGGAAAAAUGGCUGGAAAUGGUGGACGAACCCAGAUCGUCUUUGGGUUCCUCAUGAACCCAGUCAAGGCCAAGCUGAUGAGGGGGAAAGGGAGAAAAAAUGGUUGGAAAUGGUGGCGAUGGCAAGAUGAACAAAAAAAGCACAAAUGAGAACCAUGGCAAGAAGAAUAAAUUAAGGGCGUUUUA